ACCCACUUCCUUAAAUAAACAGGAGAUGACCAGUGUCAGAGAUGAAGCAGAGGUAUCAAGUCCAACCUCAGUCCGAGACUCCUCAGCAGGAAGAUGCAUCCUUCAGGGUGUGCCUAUGUACCAUGCUGGUGAUUCUGGCGUUGUUCGGACUCACGUCUUUCUUCCUCUGGUUGUCCAUCGACCCUCAGAGAGGUCCAGACAAGGUUUCUGGAGAUAAUCCUGCGUCUGACUCUUCAUCUUUGUAUGGCCACGUGAAGCAAAACCCAACAACAACCAGAGAUGAUCCAUCUAAAGAUAAAGAAAAAGUGCAAACACAUGACUCAGUUAUUCAUAAUGAAACAGUAGUGACAAACCAUCCUUCGACUGAUCAUGUAACUGAGACAUCCACUAGAACUACCCCUGUAUCAAACACAAAAAUAAGUGUUAAAACAAAACAGGCCCAAACUACAACAUCUCAUUCUCCAUCAGAAGUCACCACCAAAGUCCCUAUUGUCACUAUAAUAAACGAGACUGAGACAUCUAAAUCUACAACAGUUGACGAAACUGAGUCAUCAACUGGUUACUACAUCAACAAUCCAGUGACUUGGAACUCAGAGGGAAUUUAUAUUGAUGAUAAUGUAACAGAAGAAACUAAUGAAUCAUCAACUACCUCUUAUAUCAAUGAUCCAGUUAUAUUCAAUUCAAGUCAAUCUUAUUUCAUUAACACAUCUGCUGUAGAAUCAAGUGAGACAACUAGUUAUUAUAUUAGCAAUCCAGUAGUGUGGAAUCCUGGCUCAUCAUAUUUUGAAAAUACAACAUCUGUUAGUGAAAGUAAUCUUAAAGUUACAACAGAAAGCUCAACUGAAAGUUUUUCCCAACUCAAUUUGACUGGUAUCCCUCAGAAAACUGAAGACAGUAGUGUAAUUUCAUCAACAAUUACCACAACUGAAGUUCAAUAUAUCAUUCAAAACAACAGUUUAAUAGACAAAAUCAAUAAACUGGUCAAGGAGUUUGAAGUCGAAACAUUUUCAACAACUGAAAAUGAUGUUGAUGAGAGCGAAGACAAUGUAGGGAAGAAUAUGAUGAAAUCUGAAAGACUUGUAGUUCCCUUUGAGACUACUACUGAAGAAGUUUCUUCCAUUGUAACACCAGGUUCAAGCUCAAAUACUGUAGCUAAUGAAUCAAAUAUAACAGAAUUAACUUCCACACAUAGUACUAUCACAAACUCUUCUGUAGAUGAUACUGCAGCUAAUGAAUCAGAUAUAACAGAAUCAACUUCCACACAUAGUACUUCCACAGAAUCUUCUGUAGAAAAAGCUGAAACUGUAACAGAAGAAACUGCUACCUCAGCUUUGAGUGAAAAUUCAACAAAGAACACUGAUUAUGAAGAAUAUACCCCACAAGACAGUUCUACAUCCUCAGAAGCAGUGUUCAUGAGUGAAACAUCUACAGCUCGGACUUGUUCUAUUCCUGCUGCACCUGCAUGUCCAGUCUGCCCAACCCUGCAGAAUCCGACUACAACUACUGUCACAGAGACUACACCUGCAAUAGGUCAGUCAUAGAAUGCAUAUAUAUAC